AUGGGUUUGUUUGAUUUGAUUUGGUGUUAUGGCACAGUCGAAUUUGUUGGUGAAGGCUUUUUCUUUAGGAGAGGUUUCCUUUGGAUCCACCUUGAGAUGGGAGUUGAUCGUUCUAUCAGAUCACGAUCUGAUGAAUCAGUCUUGGAUUCGUUAUUCGGGUCUUCAGUUCCAGACACUGUUGACUUUGAUACAUUCAAAGGGAAUUUACGGUUAAAUGAUCACAUUGAGAUACAGUCCUCCGGCUUGAAAGAAUUGCAAGAAGCAACCGCAGAUAUCAGCGAAGAUUUGAAACAUUUCAGAAUUCCUAAAGAAUUUGGUUCAUUAGAAUUGCUAUGUCGAAUUGCAUCAGCUGACAGUGUCAGUUAUAAUAAUGAAACUAACGAUUCUUGCAAAUAUUGGUUUCAUAGAUUUGGUUAA